UCAGCUUUAACUUUUGGAUGAUUGCAAUUGAUGCGGUGUUCUAGAAUCGUUUAAAGCCUUAGACGAAAGGUAGGAUUGGAGUUAAGUAGCAAAUCAUCUCCAAUAAAAUGGCGGGUAGUAGAGAUAGCGUUAAUCUCUCGCGCACCUUCAAGUAUUUACUAGCAACCCAGUUUCUCUCCAGAGGCAUCCCUUUCAUUUUCAAUUCCUGGAUCGUGAGGCAUCUCUCCGAAGGAGACUAUGCGCUCUACGCGGUCCAGUUCCAUCUUUUUGUUACAUGCGUCUUGUUUCUUAGCCGGGAGGGAUUCAGGCGCGCUUGCUUGCGUGCUGACAUUAACAGUGAUGGUCUUGUAUCAGACAAGGACGUGACCAGGUUAUUGAAAGUGGCAUGGGUGACACUGCCACUCGGAAUUGCCAUUACCAUUGCUGCAUCCUUCUUUGUGUUACGGUGGCAGAGCCUUAGUUUCUCCCACACCUAUGCACAGGCUAUCUUGAUUCACGGAUUUGCGUGUGUACUGGAGCUUAUGGCUGAGCCUUUGUAUAUCCUCUCUCAGACAUUGAUGCUUCUAAAGCUGCGACUGGUUGUUGAGACUGUUGCUACGUUUUCACGCUGUGUUACUUUGUGCUUUCUCAUUGUCAACCAAACCAACAUGGAAAAAGGGAUAAUCUUUGCACUUUCACAAGUUGCAUAUGGAGGUUCCUUAUUUCUUGGGUACUCUUAUUUUCUCAUGCGUGGCGUUUUCAAAACCCUGAAUCUCUUUCCUUUCAGACCUGGGAACUUCAUGGAUUUCGAUAAGCAGCUUUCAAGCAUGUGUAUGCUAUUUACUUUGCAGUCCUUCCGAAAGUUGAUCCUCCAAGAAGGCGAAAAGUUGGUCCUUGUAUGGUUAGAUACGCCUUAUAACCAGGCUGUUUAUGGGAUUGUCGACAAACUAGGCAAUUUAGUAGUACGCAUGGUGUUUCUCCCUUUUGAAGAAAGUUCGUACACCACAUUUGCCAGGUUCGCAUCAGGUGAUGAUUACCAAAAAAAGAAGAAGGAACUCGGAAUUUGCUUGACAGAGGCCUUGAAGCUUGUAAUGUUAAUAGGUCUUAUAUUUAUGGCAUUAGGUCCUAGUUAUUCAUACUCUCUCAUCAGAUUGUUGUAUGGUGAAAAAUGGAGCGAUGGAGAAGCUUCCUUUGCGCUACAGUUUUAUUGUCUCUACAUCAUCGUCCUGGCCAUGAAUGGAACCUCCGAAGCAUUUUUACAUGCAGUUGGAACAGAGGAUCAACUGAAGCGGUCAAACGACAUGCUGCUUGUAUUUUCACUGGUUUACAUCGUGUUGAACAUUCUGCUGAUAAGAUCUGCUGGAGCAAUAGGCUUAAUCUUGGCGAAUUCCUUGAAUAUGAUUGGAAGGAUUAUCUAUUCUGGACGGUUCAUCCAGCGAUACUUCAAGGGCGAUGCUUCUUCACCCUUUUCGUUCCGAAAGUGUCUCCCUUCAGGUUGGCAAAUUCUCAUACUCUCUGGCGUAAUCACUAUCAUCUCAGAGAAAGCCAUUCUCGACCGCAAGAAUUUCUGGGCAACGUUUCCUCCUCACUUCGCCAUGGGUUUCCUCUGCUUUUGUCUCUCAGCCAUUGUCAUAUACCGGCGUGAGAGAGUGUUCAUCAACAGAAUCAUACGUUUCAGGAAUCACGAUCAUGAUGACUGACAUCAAUAACCAAGAAACUGGUGGUUUAAAUUACUGCAAAGUGGAAAGCUUUUGAAUUACUGAUUAGGCGUUUAACCGCAAUGAAACCUGUUUUGAUAUCUUCCACUUCUAAUUUUAAUUUUUUUUUGUUUAGAUCCUAUUUAUAGAAACUUUCCUCUUGUCAGUAUCUAAUCUAAUAUAGUGAGAGUGAGUGACAGGUUUUUCACUGUGCA